CCGAAAAAAAUACAACAACAUGGCUAGAACCAAACAAACUGCCAGAAAGUCUACAGGUGGUAAAGCACCAAGAAAACAAUUGGCCUCUAAAGCUGCUAGAAAGUCUGCCAAACAACCAUCAACUGGUGGUUUGAAGAAGCCACACAGAUAUAAGCCAGGUACUGUUGCUUUGAGAGAAAUCAGAAAGUAUCAAAAGUCUACUGAAUUGUUGAUUAGAAAGUUGCCAUUCCAAAGAUUGGUCAGAGAAAUUGCUCAAGACUACAAGUCUGACUUGCGUUUCCAAUCUAAUGCUGUCUUGGCUCUCCAAGAAGCUUCCGAAGCCUACCUUGUUUCCCUCUUUGAAGAUACUAACUUGUGUGCUAUUCACGCCAAGAGAGUUACUAUCAUGCAAAAGGAUAUGCAAUUGGCCAAGAGAAUUAGAGGUGAAAGAACAUAAAUUAGAUAAUGGUAAUUUGCGAUUCUUGUAAAUAUAUAAUUUGUUCCAUUAGUAGUGGAGCAUUCUCAUUGUAAACCGAACUUUAUAGUUCCUAAGCUUUUUCAAAAUAAAUAUUUAUUAAACAUAAAAUUUCU